AGGAAAGACACACACGUACAGCCGCAGCCGCCGCACCGCACUCCACACUCCACAGACCGCUCCACCGUCCACCACACCACCUGCGGUACCCACACAUCGCCACCCACAAUCACCACAGCAGUAGCUCCCCGCGGCUGUUGUCAUCACUCACUCCUGUAGUUAAGUAAGUACCCCAACCUCCGUGCCGCCAACAUGCCCAAGAAGAAGACAGGACAGAGAAAGAAGGCGGAGAAACAGAAAGCGAGACAGAAGGAGCUGAGGAAGGGUCGGGCCAAUCGCUCCUUGGCAGACCUGCCAUGCAACUCUGUGAUGGAGUGUGACAAGUGCCAGCGCAGGCAGAAAAACAGAGCCUUCUGCUACUUCUGUCAGUCCCUGCAGCGGCUGCCCCAGUGUGCUCAGUGCGGCAAGGUGAAAUGCAUGCUAAAGACCGGAGACUGUGUGGUGAAGCACCCCAGCACCUUCACCACUGGCCUGGGCAUGGUGGGUGCCAUCUGUGAUUUCUGUGAGGCCUGGGUGUGUCACGGACGGAAGUGUCUCCAGACUCACGCCUGCACCUGUCCCCUCAUCGAUGCUGUUUGUAACGAAUGUGAGCGUGAUGUGUGGAGCCACGGAGGACGCAUCUUCCGGUGUCACUACUGUCAGAACUUCCUGUGUGAGGAUGACCAGUUUGAGCACCAAGCUUCGUGUCAGGUUCUGGAGCAGGAGUCCUUCAAGUGUCAGUCAUGUAAUCGCCAUGGCCAGUACUCUUGCCUGCGCUGCAAGACCUGCUACUGUGAGGAGCAUGUCAGGAGAAAGGGUGUCAAGUAUGACAACCGUCAGAAGCUGCCGUGCCCCAAGUGUGGCUUUGACACUGAGGAGACCAAGGAACUCAGCAUGUCUACUCGCACCCACAAGUUUGGCCGGCAGCAGAUGGACCUGUUUGAUGAUGGGGAGGGGGCCGUGGGCUACAGGUACAAUGACUACAGUGAGGAUUACUAUGAUGAUGAAGAGGAGGAAGAUGAAGACGAAGAAGAGGAGGAGGAUGAUGAGGAGGAGGAGUCUGAGGAGGAGGAGGAGGGUGAUGAAAGCAAGAGUAAAUUGCCUCAGUAAACCAAGACUUUGCUACUCCUUGGUGUCUGGUGAAUGAAUAAAGGGUUGGUAUUCUC